AAGGACCCAUGAACGCUUCAAUAAACAACGCGGGCUAAUGUAAACUUCGAAACUGUAUAUUUAUCCUGGUGCUUCAUAUAAAUAAACCCUAACUGGGAAAGCCCGAAGCAUAUGCGGAUGUUACGUUCUGUCGGUGCUGUGUCCCCACAGAAGAGUGAAGUUUUCCCUCUGAGCUGGUAAACACGAGCCGGCUAACGGAGCGAGCUAACGACCAAAGCUGCUGUGGCUGCGCACUUUCGUUUCAGCCGAAAUCACCGAAAACACCCAGCAGACCUGCCGAGUGUGUUUACGUUAACUCACAAAAUAUACUUUCGUGGCUAACAUGGGUCAGUCUGCAAGAUACCCGCAACGAAAGUAGUAGAUAACGGUUCAUAUUUGAAGCAGUUUUUUUGUCUCACCUUUGAAGAUUUAACGUUUUAUGUCCUGUCCCGGUAACGCAGACUAACAGCCGUAAUGAAGAGACGAGCCGAUGUAUCUUUUGCAUCACUUCACGGGACAAAGCGACGUCGGGAUGACAGCAGUUCAGAUGACGAGUCACGACUAUCCAGACAAGACUCCAGCCAAAAUGACUCCCUCAGUGACCAGGAGGAUCACAGACCGGGCUUCUCGAUGCCCUCCAUAUCAUCAUCAUCAUCCUUUGAUGCCCAAGAAACUGAUGCCCCUACACAGACCUCCUCCAAGUUUUCCAUGUACAACAGUGUGUCACAGAAGCUCAUGGCCAAAAUGGGCUUCAGGGAGGGUGAAGGUUUGGGGAAGUUUGGCCAGGGGCGCAAGGAGAUCGUGGAGGCUUCUACUCAGCGAGGAAGAAGAGGUCUGGGUCUCACACUCCAGGGUUUCCAGGGAGAGCUUAAUGUUGACUGGCGCGAUGAACCCGAGCCUAGUGCUGUGGAGAAGGUUGAAUGGUUCCCAGAAUGCACCACGGAGAUCCCAGAUGCAGACGAGCUUAGGGACUGGAUGAACCUGGGACCGAGAAAACUUAAUAUUGAAGAUGAGACAGAGUUUUGCACAGAAGAUCUUUUGCACACUCUUCUACGAUGCAAGUCAGUAUUUGAUGACCUGGAGGGCGAGGAGAUGAGGAGAGCACGGACACGCUCCAACCCUUAUGAGACUAUUAGAGGAGGUAUCUUUCUCAACAGAGCAGCUAUGAAAAUGGCCAACAUAGACCACUGUUUCGACCUUAUGUUCACCAACCCAAAGGAUUCUCAAGGGAGACCUCUGACGAAGGACCGAGAGGGCGAGCUUCUGUACUUUGGUGAUGUCUGUGCAGGACCUGGAGGCUUUUCAGAGUAUGUGCUGUGGAAAAGACGCUGGCAUGCCAAGGGCUUUGGCAUGACGCUGAAAGGACCCUGUGACUUCAAACUGGAAGAUUUUUAUGCAGCCCCGAGUGAGCUGUUCGAGCCUUAUUAUGGUGAGGGAGGGGUGGAUGGGGAUGGUGACAUCACCCGGCCUGAAAACGUGACUGCUUUUCGAAACUUUGUCAUGGAGAGCACAGAGAGGAGAGGGCUUCACUUCCUCAUGGCAGAUGGGGGCUUCUCUGUGGAAGGCCAAGAGAACCUUCAGGAGAUCCUGUCCAAACAGCUCCUGCUUUGUCAGUUCCUCACUGCACUUUCUACACUCAGGACAGGUGGCCAUUUUGUUUGUAAGACUUUUGACCUCUUCACUCCCUUCAGUGUGGGUUUGGUGUACCUACUCUACCUCUGCUUUGACAGGAUCUCACUCUUCAAACCUGUCACCAGCAGGCCUGCAAACUCUGAGAGGUACAUUGUGUGCCGUGGCCUGAAACCCGGCUCAGAUGCAGUCAGGGAAUACAUGUUCAGAGUCAACCUGAAACUGAACCAGCUGAGGAACACGGACAGAGAUGUUACAGAUGUGGUUCCACUGAGUAUCAUUAAGGAAGACACCGACUUCUACCAGUUUAUGGUCAACUCCAAUGAGAGCCUCUGCGCAGUCCAAAUCAAGGCCUUGGCCAAGAUCCACGCUUUUGUCGUAGACUCGAACCUCUCAGAGUCAAAGCAAGCUGACAUCAGGAAGGAGUGUUUGAAGCUCUGGGGGGUCCCAGACAAAGCCAGAGUCGCUCCUGCUUCCUCAGACCCAAAGUCAAAAUUCUAUGAACUCAUUAAGAGUUCAGAUGUGGAGUCGUUCCAGUCUAAGCCGACUGCUCUCAACUCCAGCACACUCGAAAAGUUGCGCCACGUCCUGGACCACAGGUGCAUUGUGGGAGGUGGAGAGCAGAUCUUUCUUCUAGCACUGGGGAAGUCUCAGAUUUACACCUGGGAUGGGAAAAUGCCUGUGCGCUGGAGGAAAAUGGAGAAUUUCAAGCUGGAGCUGCCAAGAGAUACACUUCUAAGUGUAGAGAUUGUCCAAGAGCUGAAGGGCGAGGGCAAAGCUCAGCGUAGAAUCAAUGCAGUUCAUGUAAUGGAUGCACUUAUACUGAAUGGCACUGAUGUAAGAGAUCAACACUUCAACCAGCGGAUCCAGAUGGCUGAGAAGUUUGUGAAGGCGGUGUCUAAACCCAGCAGGCCAGACAUGUACCCCAUCAGAGUGAAGGAGGUUUACAGGCUUGAAGAAAUGGAUAAAAUCUUUGUCAGACUAGAGAUGAAAGUGACAAAGAGCUCAGGAGGCGUCCCUCGUUUGUCCUACACUGGCAGAGAUGACAGACACUUCCUUCCCACGGGCCUCUACAUCAUUAAGACUGUCAAUGAGCCGUGGACGAUGGCGUACAGCAAAAACUCCAAGAUGAAGUUCUUUUAUAAUAAAAUAACCAAGGAGUCGACCUAUGCAAUGCCACCAAAUUCCGCUGCUCCUUUCCACGUAUGCCACUCUGACCGGCUCUUCUGGGCCUGGGUGGAUGGGGUCAUAGUUCAUGAUUCUCAGACCCGAGUGGACUCUGAGAAACUGUCCAAAGAUGAAGUGCUGUACUUCAUCCACCAGCAUUACCAGCCUUGAAAGACUGAAUCACAGGGCUUCAACAGCUGCAGCCUGUACACAGAGUGCACUAGGUUAAGAAGCCUUGGCAAAGGGUAUAAUGCGGUUCACUAAUCGGGCGGUUAUUAAAAUGACUUUAUGGCUGACUGUUUUAUGAAUCCACUGCUUAUUGACCAGUUAAAUAUCUAAAUAUCAAUAAACUGCUUUAUGACCCUUUUCAAAGUUCCUCCAUGUUCUCUUGUUAUCAGGUUGGAGCUGGAGUUCUGCAGCUGAAUCAAUUCUUUGCUGCUAUUUUUAGCAGUGACGUGUCCUCAUAAAACUGACACUUGAUGAACUAGUCUAUUUUUCCAUCUUUUCCACUGCCUUUGGCUCUUUGAGUUUGAAUUGUGAUGAGUAGCAUUGCCUUAUAAGACAAGAUGGAGACAAAGCUGUUUGCUGUUCUCGUCUCUACUUUUCAAUUGCUGUUCCUGGUGGAUUCGAUUUUUCCAGUUCCUCAUCCAUGCUAUGUUUGUUUUUGCACACACCACAUUGAUAGAUAGGGCUGCUGCAUUAAAUUGUGAAUCCAUAUCUGUAAUCAUUCUUACUUGCUCUAUCACUGCUGUAAGCAUGACUGGUCCUCUAUAGAAAACACAAGGAUCUGUUUGCCUCAUCUUUACAGUAACAGGGUCCCGGGGCUUUCUCUUGCAGAUCUGUAGCAUGUAAGUCACCCUUUAAGUCAUCCUCAUCGCCAUUUCAACAUGCACAAAGAGAUGUAGCAGCUCGCUGCUAUCCACACUUCCUCUGUCAUCUGGACCGUGAGUGAAAUUUGGAAGAUGUCCUCUUAGUUUUUAGGUUGUUUAUACCCCAGCUCCUCUUUAUAAUUGUGCCUCAUAUCAUCCAGUUGUGUCUUUUUUUAAUGCUGCAAACUGUUUUUCUCAUGUAAAUUUAGCUCUCAGUCCCAUUGAUGUAAAUAUUAAUAAUGGAGUAAAUAAAUGGGAGAUGCUGUUCCC